AGGCAGUCAGGGUAGAGGGCACGGGUACAUAUGAGCGAGAAGUAGCACAGGUUGUCUGCAAGCGUUAGCAUUACACGCAUGAUUUUCUCAAUCUGGCCGAGAUAGUCCAUUGCGCACCAGAUAAUAAUACUGUGUUGAUACUGUCGGAAGUGUUGUUAUUAGAGUGAGGGCAGUGACAAAAUCUUUACUGGGGGGAUCUGCAAAUCUAUUGAUCAGAUCUGCAUUUAGAAAGUCCGUUGGCUUUCGUACCUUUAUCACCUGUAAGAUUAACUCGCCAGGCGGGAAAUGCCGUACGCAGUGAACAGCUUCUUCUGCACGCUGGUUGUGCUUAUAUUAUGGCAAGUGGAGGAAAUCGCUGAGGCGUGCAGCUGUUCUCCUGUGCAUCCUCAACAGGCUUUCUGCAACGCCGAUGUUGUAAUCAGGGCCAAGGUGGUUGGAGGAAAAGAGGUGCACUCUGGGAAUGAUAUCUAUGGCAACCCCAUCAAGAGGAUCCAGUAUGACAUCAAGCAGAUCAAGAUGUUCAAAGGUCCAGACCGUGACAUCGAGUUUGUCUACACAGCCCCUUCUUCGGCAGUGUGUGGGGUCACCCUGGACACCACUGGCAAGAAAGAAUACCUGAUUUCAGGGAAGGCUGAGGCCAAUGGCAAGAUGCAUGUGACGCUGUGCGACCUCAUCAUGCCUUGGGAGGCCAUGAGCGCGACGCAGAAGAAGAGCCUGAGCCAGCGCUACCAGAUGGGCUGCGAGUGCAAGAUUGUACGCUGCGCUUCCUUCCCGUGUGAAGUUAGUACUCCAGAGGAGUGCCUGUGGACGGAUUGGCUGACGGAGAAGCUCAUCAACGGCCGGCAGGCCAAUCACUACGCCUGCAUCAAGAGAGGGGACGGCUCUUGCGCUUGGUACCGCGGCUCCGCUCCCCCCAAGAAGGAGUUCCUGGACGCCGAGGACCCCUAGAAUCCCCUCCAAAACCCUCCCACCCCUGCCCAUGGCAUCUGCCUGAAUAUAAUAGUAAUAAUGAUAACAACAAUAAGGUUUUUCAAAUUCAUUAGUGGAGAGGGAGUGAAGCUCACAACAUGACAAGGUUUUAAACUCCAUACAACUCAAGUGCUCAGAGGUUAGCAUAGACCGUAGAAUUUCUCAUUAGUACAUAGAGUAGAUGACAGCAGUAUACAGAUUGGUCAUGUGAUGAUGUAAUUUGCCCAUGAAGGCUGGUUUUAGGAAACGCUCUCCGCAUGUGAGGGACAAUCGGUUUUUGGCAAAGCACUUUCCCCCCUGCCCCCACGAGAACACAAAAAGCAAAAACAAAAACAAAGCACUUAAUUGUGAUCGUUUACCCCAAAGAAUGAAAGGCAUCUUAUUGUAGAUGUCUAAGAGGCGGAAAAAAAAACCCUUCCUAAUGGCUCAUUCUAAAAUGUCCGUCUCAAGUUUCAGUCAGCCUGGGGGAAAAAAAAGAUAUCUUGGACUGUCAUUAGUGUUGUUUCCUUGAACCAUGCCUUGAUGCUCAUGGCGAGGUUGGACUCCGAUUGUUCACAGAUGUAUAAAGACACACCAUGCACAACUGCACAACAGAUGGAGAUGAGCCGCCAAACGUUAUGCCACUUCACACUCAUUUGUCCAGAUCAAUCCCGUGCGUCUGUGUUUCGUUCAAGACCAAAAGAAAAUAAUAAUAAUAAUAAUGAUGAUGAUAAUACUUAUAAUCUGAAUGUGUUGCUCUAAAUUAAAGUAAGUUUGAGACCAGGAGGAUGUAUAAGAUGGGGUUUAGCAGGGUUGAGGCUCUAAGGGCUUUUAAUUUGACAAAGCCAGGGCAGGUCCACUCAUCUUGCUCUGCAUGAAAAGCCAGUCCACUAACUUAAACACUGCCAACAGGGGAGUCCGAUUCAAUGAAACCAACUAGAAGAAGGUCUGCGGUUGUGAUCUUCACGUAUUAACACUGCCAUAUCCUGUAUGGGAACAUUUAUUAGCAUAGCAUGUAGCUUAUGAAAAAAAGAGUAGUUACUAACUGAUCUUAAAAUCUUGUGUCUAAGUCACAGAUAUUCAGAGGACCAUAGCUACAUUUGCAUCUUAGUGUAUUGCCAUAGUUGCACCGUCUUCCACCCCCCCUACCCACCCACCCAUUCCCAAAGAGCCCCAGUCCCUGUAUGUGCCUACUGCUCACUCCUAUCCCUGUACAGAGCCCACAGUAGCCAUUAUACCUGUGUCAUGUUAUAUGUCUGUUCCAUUCUGAUUCUGCGCUCAAUAAUAAUCCAGAUUAGAGCUAUAGAGAUGCACUUUUUUGCUGCCAUCGUAGAGCGUGUAACUGAGGAUUGACUCCUCAUUGGAAGUGUUAAAUUCUUUUUGUUUGUUUGUUUGUUUGUUUUUUAAUCUUCCUUCAUUCCUCUCCUCCUAGGGUUUCUUUCUGUCUUUCUCUGGUGCCUCCGUUUUCGAGUCUUUUUUAUUUUUUUUAAACAAAUUCCUGUUGUAUUCUGUCCAGAUGUUUCCAAAGUGUUUCCAAGAAGUGUGUGAGGGUAUAAAUCUUGAGCCGGAGUCCCUGGACUCCGAGGGUGACUGAGGGCUACUCUGACGGCCCCGUCCACAUGGACAGGUUGGGCCUCUGAUUGGGACGGCUGGCAGAGAUCCCAUAGCAGUGACCUCAUUUGGAAAGAUUGGAUGUGAUUAGCCAGCUAAUGAGAAUUGUUGUGUAAUUUCACUCUUCCGAGGCACGUUACACGUUUUAUGAGGCUUCCCGUCUGGUCAGGAACUCUUGGACUUGAUUGGCAGCGGCUUAGAGGGAUUGUUGCAGGUGCGCCCCGAUUGGCCGGCUCCGAGUCACGUGACCGGGAGCCUGGCGAAGGAGCAAGGGAUGUAGUUGCUAGGCAUUAAGUCUGGACCUGCUUUUUAACAUUCAUGGGUGUCACGAGACACAGCACAGCACAGCGCAGCGCGGUGGAAAGCGAAGAUGAGCAGAGCGAGAGGAAGGCGAAGCGAAGCGAGAGCCAGGCGAGGGGGAGACUGGGCGAGGUGUAGCCGAGUGUGGAAUGUGCCACGCUUCCCAUAUCAGCAGGCUGCGGGCUAUUCGCAGAUGUGCAGUUCCCUGGCCAGAGCAUUCUUGACAUGCUACCAGUAACAGAAAAUGAAGAGAGGUAGUGUUAGUGUUGUGCCAUCAUCACCGUGUCUGCUCACCCCAGUGCUUAUCUGCACUGCGAGGGUGUGUGUCCUGUGUGUGUGUGUGUGUGUGUGUGUGUGUGUGUGUGUGUGUGCAUGCAUACACAUGUCCAUGUUUCAGGAGUGUGUGUUGGACAUUGUUGAACUGUGUGUGUGUGUGUGUGUGUGUGUGUGUGUGUGUGUGUGUGUGUGUGUGAGAGAGAGUGAUUAGACUCAAGCCUUGUCAUUAGGACCACAUUCGUGCUUAUUAAAGAUCAUGGUCCUCUGAGUUGAAAACCGAAUGAAUCAGGUUGUAGAAGGUCAUAAUGUAUAAAAAGGAUAUGCAUUUUAAUCCCCAGACAUUCUGGCUUUUUCCACUCGAUCUCUCUUUCUCUCUCUGUCUGUCUAAUUUUCCGACAUUUACUGUAAACGAGCUCUUGAGACAUAUCUAGACAAUAACCAAGAGCAACAGUUAAAAUCACGUCUCAUAAACCUCAUGCUAUACAAUCUAUAGUGGAAUAUACAUAAAGGGCAUAAUUUAAGUGUUUGCUGUUGCCAAGUUUUUAUUUUUCAACUUUUUGGUUUUGUAAAACUGUGUCUUUAUUACAUGCUUUCAGUGUCAUUUUUUUUACCAUUCUCUCUGUCUUGCUCUUUGAAAAUGAAUCUUUGGUGAGAGACGGGCGGUGAGAACCAGACUAUGCAUGUCUUUGAUGCUUUUUUUUGUGUAUUUCCGAUGUGAACGUUCACUUGAUGGACAAAACAUACAGUAUUAAUGAAAAUAAAAAUGAAAUAAAGGACAACACCCUUCCUCUG